AUGGAGUUUCAUCUCUCAUUUUCAACAACUAUAACAUCCUUUUUAUUUGUUUUUUCAGUAGCUUUCCUGCUGCAGAUCUUGAGGAGAAAGAAGUUAAACAUAGUGAACAACCAACAUGCACCUCAAGCAAAGGGUUCAUGGCCAAUAAUGGGACACCUGCACCUUCUAGGCGGAUCGCGACCCGCUCAUCAUGUUUUAGGUGAUAUGGCAGACAAAUAUGGUCCUAUUUUCACCAUCAAGCUUGGUGUUCAUCAAGCUUUGAUUGUGAGUAGUGGGGAGAUAGCUAAAGAGUGCUUUACCACAAACGAUAAGGUGUUUGCAAGCCGACCGAAAUCAAAGGCAGCAGAGAUCAUGACGUAUAACUACGCCUCGUUUGGGCUUGCUCCGUAUGGGGAUUACUGGCGACAAGUUCGCAAGAUCAUUACGCUCGAGGUUCUCUCUCAAAAAAGAGUUGAGAUGCUCGCGCAUGAUCGAGUUUCAGAAGUUAGAGAAUCCACAAGAGAUAUAUACGAGGCGUGGAUAGCGAACAAAGAGAGUGAAGAUUCGGAUAUGGUAAAGGUGGACAUGCAACAAUGGUUUGGGAACUUGAUAUUUAAUGUCUUGGUUAGGAUUAUUUCAGGGAAGAGGUUUCGGGUCAAUGAUGAAGAAGGCGAGCGGUUUCGGAAAGUGAUGAAGAAGUUCUUUGAGUUAUUAGGCGCUUUUGUGGUGUCGGAUUUUGUUCCUUUUAUGAAUCGUUUUGACGUUGGAGGAUAUGAGAAAGAAAUGAAGAUGGCGGGUAAAGAAAUGGACAACAUCCUUCAAGGAUGGUUGAACGAGCGAAAGAGAGCGACGGACUCUAGGCAGCAGCGACAAGAAGGCGAAAAACUCUUCAUGGAUGUGCUGCUUUCUGUUCUCCAAGAUGCUUCUCAAGAGGAUUUCCAGGGUAAAGAUCAUGACACAGUGAUCAAAGCUACAUGUCUGGCAUUAAUAACUGCUGGGUCGGACACAACAUCUGUAACAUUAAUUUGGGCUUUAUCUUUGCUACUCAAUAACCCAAAGGCAUUAAAAACUGCCCAAGAUGAAAUUGAUGAACAUGUUGGAAGAGACAGAUUAGUAGAGGAGUCAGACAUAAAGAACUUGGUUUACCUCGAUGCUAUUAUCAAAGAAACGUUGCGUUUAUACCCAGCUGGACCUCUCGACGUACCUCACGAGUCCAUGGAAGAUUGCGUUGUGGGUGGCUACAACAUCCCGAAAGGCACACGUUUGUUGGUAAAUCUUUCGAAAAUACAUCGUGAUCCAAAUAUAUGGACAAAUCCAAAUGAGUUUAAGCCAGAAAGAUUUUUGACGAGUCAAAAGGAUGUUGAUCCUAAAGGAAAGAAUUUUAAACUACUUCCGUUCGGCAGUGGUAGAAGAAUAUGCCCUGGUAUUAUCUUUUCCUUACAUGUUAUGCCUUUAGCAUUAGCCAGUGUGAUUCAACAGUUUGUGAUGAACAAACCAUCAAAUGAACCGAUUGAUAUGAGUGAAGGCUCGGCACUGACUGCCUUCAAAGCUAAGCCACUGGAGGUUCUUCUUGCUCCUCGUUUAUCCGACAAAAUGUAUCAUGCUGCUGGCAUGUGAUUGAUCAUAUAUAUCAGGCAUCAAAAAAAAAAAAUAAUAAUAUGUAAGACUUCAGUUGUAAACAUCUCUAUCAGUAUAG